AUGGAAGUAACGAAACAGCAUUGAGCAUCGCAAUUCAAGAAGGAAAUCUUGGCAUUUUACACCUUCUCAUAAGUUACGAGGCGGACGUGAAGUAUGUUGAUGAAGACGGGAGAAAGUGGGCGACUCUGGAGGAGCUAAGCCACGACAUUACUGCUACAGGAAAACUUCUGUCGACCGAAGAAAGAAUGAGAAACACAAAGAAUCGGGUCGAGAUCUCGAAUUGGGGAGCUCGGCACGGAAUCAAGCUUUUGGUGGAGAACUCGAUCGAUCUCGAAUCUCGAGAGAAGGCUGGAGGCCGGGCCUCGAAUUUGGCAGCUCAAGCUUUGAAAUGGGCAGCCACUGGAGGGGAAGAAGCAAUUAUCGAAAUGCUUUUUGGGAAAUGCUUGCCGGAUGAUGCAACGUCUUUCGCAGAAGAGUUGAUGAAACUGGCACCAGAAGCAAUACAGAGAGCUGCGAGGAAUGGCCAUGAGCGCGUAGUGCAAAAGAUAAUACGAUGGCUGAUCGAGAAUGAUGAGGACUAUUCCCGCGGCGAGCAACCACUCGAGAAUUAA